UCCAUUUCCCCAACCGAACCGCUCGAUACGCGUCGAACAAUAGCCAAUCGCCUGAAGGAAGAAGAAGAAGAAGAAGAAGAAUCAAAUGGGCAACGCGCAGUCGCCGCCGGCCGAUCCACUCUUCGAUACGGCAAUCCGAGCUUUCACCACCCAGGAGCUAGAGGAUCUGAAGUCGAUCUUCGUGUCUCUGGCCGCCCAAUCCGGGAGCAACGGCAAGUUCGUCUCUCAAUCCGUAUUCCAGGCGUAUUUCCGAGUUCCUGGCCUGCUAGGCACCAAGUUGUUUCAGCUGGCGACACGGAAGCGGAACGAUGGCAUGCUUCUUUUCGAGGAUCUCGUCGUUACGAAAGCAAUAUAUGAGAAAGGUUCUCGAGAUGAAAUUGAGGAGUUUAUCUACCAGCUAUGUGAUGUUACAGGGGAUGGUAUUUUGGGAAGAUCCGAUAUUGAAGCUGUAAUAAACUCAGUAAAUGAGUGCCUAUUUUAUCCCAAAAGUGAUGGUACUGGAUUGACCUCCCAUCAGGAUGUUCUCAAAGUGUUUGUUAAUGCAGCACAAUUCUCUGAGAAAGUUGAAGGAUCCUCUGUAGAAAGUAUGUCGUUAGCUGAUUUUAGAAGUUGGUGUAGCCUUGUCCCAUCAGCAAGGAAGUUCCUUGGAAGUUUGCUGAUGCCACCUGAUUCAGGAAGACCAGGCUAUCAAGUUCCAACUCUACACCAUUCAGAAGAUAUACCUGCUGAGAUCCUAAUUUUGAGGAAAGAAUAUGCUUGGCAUAUUGGAGGAGCUCUUUCACAGGAUGAGGUAGAAGAUUGGAAGCUUUUGUAUCACAGUGGAAUUAAUGGGCUUAGUUUCUCAACCUUUUUGGGCAAUUUAUCAAAUGGAGAUGGGCCAACUGUUUUAAUUAUCAAGGAUAAUGAAGGUUUUGUGUAUGGGGGAUAUGCCUCUCAACCAUGGGACCGGCAAAGUGAUUUUUAUGGUGAUAUGAAGUGCUUUCUCUACCAAUUGUAUCCAAAAGCAUCUAUUUUUCGUCCUACCGGAGCAAACAACAAUUUGCAAUGGUGUGCUGUCAAUUUCAGCUCAGACAGCAUCCCUAAUGGAAUUGGCUUUGGAGGACGGGCAAAUCACUUUGGCCUUUUUCUAUCGGCAAAUUUCGAUCAGGGCCACACCUUUCCUUGCACAACUUUUAACAGUCCUUGUCUAUCAAAGACGAGCAAGAUACAUCCAGAAGUUAUUGAAUGCUGGGGCGUGAUCGCAAAAGUGCCACAGAAUGGAAAACCUGAGGCCUUGAAAGGUACAGUUCUUGAGAGAUUCAAGGAAGAUCGAAACAUGCUUAAAAUGGUAGGCAUUGCAAAUUCAAGCGACUAGAGAAGCAGCAUGAACAAGGUCUUUGUCACAGCAACUUCUCUGGUUUGAAGCAAAACUUGAUAUCGGCCAGUCAAGGUUUCUAAACUUUGCUAUGCACUAUGUGGGAUGGAAAUUCUUUCGUUUCCACCGGCCAGUCAAGAUCAGAAACCAGUUCUUGUGAUAUCCUGUUGCUAAUUGUGUAUGUUUAUAUCAUUAAUGAAUGAAGAGUGCAUUAUGUACUGCUUGCUCACACGAUCGUUGACGGUUGAUCAGAAAUUUCUAUGUAUUGUAUUACCCUUAUUCUUGUAUAGUCAAGUAACUUUUUCUAAUGGUCAUAUUUAUCUACAA